AUGAUGAUGUUGGUGGUGGUGAAGAUGGUGAUGGUGGUGGCGGUUAAUGGUGAUGGUGAAGGCGGUGGUGCCGUUGGUGGUGAUGAUGCUGGUGGUGCCGUUGUUAUUAGCAAUGACGGUGAUGAUGUUGCUGUUGUUGAUGAUGCGAUGGGGGUGGUGAAGGUGGUGAUGUUGGUGAUGGUGGUUAAUGGUGAUGGUGAACGUGGUGGUGCUGUUGGUGGUGACGAUGUUGUUGGUGCUGGGGGUGGUGAAGGUGGUGGUGCCAUUGGUGGUGAUGAUGCUGGUGGUGCUGUUGUUAUUAGCAAUGACGGUGAUGAUGUUGCUGUUGAUGAUGUGAUGGGGGUGGUGAAGGUGGUGAUGUUGGUGAUGAUGGCGAUGAUAAUGGAGAUGAUGUUGCUGUUGGUGGUGAUAGCGGCUGCCUGGCUCCCUUCUGCAGCCCCUCUGGGGUCCUGCCCAGGGCCCCGGGCACUUGACCAGCGCGCUGUCCUCCCCGCAGGUCUGCUGCUUCUGGUGAGCGUGGAGGUGUUCCGGCAUUCCGUGCGAGCCCUGCUGGCGACAGUCAGCGCUGAGCCUCCGCUGGCCCCGGCCCUGGCCUACGAGUACUCCUGGUCGCUAGGCUGCAGCGUGGCGGCCGGCCUGGUCCUGAUGGUGGCCGGCGGCUGUUUCUUGCUGCUCACCCUGCCUCCCUGGCCCUGGGGGGCCCUGUGUCCCAAGCGUGGGCCUGGGGGCACCUAG